AUGGCUCUUAUAAUAUACUACAUAUUCCUUAUUGUUUUGAGCACAUUUCAUGUUUAUUUUGUUACAUCUAUUGGACCAGAUGUCAAUAAUUUGUUGAAGCCGUCUAACUUAAUUCCAGAUGUAGUAAACUCUUUUAGGCCAAUCACCUCUUUUGAACCAUAUACAGUGCAAGUCAUUGACUCGAGAGUUGAUCAACUAGUUGUUCAUGUUUUCUCAGCAGACGAUGAUCUUGGAAACAAAACAUUAGGAAUAAAUGACGCAUUCCAUUGGAAUUUUCGUAUGAAUUCUCCCGAAACAACUUCAUACAAAGGAGAGUUUUUUUGGAUGAAUCCGGAUGGUACUCCUCUUAAAGAGGUUGAUUUUAUUGUUUUCGAUAAAAAUGUUGCGGUCGAGUGUGGUCAAAAUAUUUUCAAAACGAAUAGGUGUUUUUGGAAUGUAACAGAUGCUGGUUUUUAUUUCGCAAAAGAUGAUCCAUCUAAUUGGAAGUUGAAGUAUAGUUGGAAUUAA